AUGUUACACUAUACACAAAGGGUAUUUAUCUUUUUGUGUCUACGCUUCAUCCCUUUUUCACUGGGAAAAACAGAUGAAAUAUUUCUGAGGCGGACUACAACACGAAUAGACCUAAUAGAGCUUUCUAUGGCAAUAUGGUCGGGACAUUUCCCCCGUCGUAGUGACUGUACCUCCAAGUGUACCCAGGAACCGGACUGUGUGUCCUUACUGUACAACAUGGCUGACGGAUCAUGUGACCUCUUCAACGUGAUCUAUGACAGUGACGACAGAGGUGACGUCGACUAUUACUGGGUGUUGGAAGACAGGGGAACUCGAUGGGUUCCAGAGUCGUGUCUCGCCCUCUCAACUUGUUCUGGCAUUACAACAAACGGAGAAUACUGGGUCUAUCCAGCUGUAACAAAUCGAAGGUUAACGAAAAUAUACUGUCACAACCUAGCGACUGAGCCUUCACAUUUUAUAACUUUGAAAUAUCCCAACAACUUUAUCAUUCAUGACGAAUCAAAUUGGAUAAUACAGCACAGACAGUGCCAAUCGGCUAUUCGCCUCCGGUUAAAAAAAACUAAAUUUUUAAAAGUGAAAUUACGGAAAGAGAGCAUGGUGGUAAAUGGAACUGAUUAUACGUUCACAUCGCUGACGGGAUCAAAACCAAUCCAGUAUGGAUAUGCUCGUGACUGUAAUGGGGAACACUUCAGGAACCCUUGUCCUCACUUUGGGACAGCCACCAUUGAUACCAGAGGGACUGGACUGAUUGUUGAUCCUACAAUUAAAUUUGGUCCCAUGAAAGGGUUUGGGACGGCUAUAAAGAAAUUUCAUCGUUCCGUGAAUAGGGACCUGAUUUCACUCACCUGUGCAGGAUGGUGCGGCCUUUGUGGACCGAUCUCUGAACCAAUCAGAUUCCAGCAUUCUAUGGAAUUCAUUUCAGCUGCUGACGCAAAAGCUGUUAUUUGCAACAAGUGAAAAGUUCUUCAAGGAAAUAGGAUGCUGAUGAUAAUAGACCAUCAUUAUCGACAUUGGAUGGAUUUUUACUUUACAAUGACGAUUUGUUUAAAAAAAAACAUCACUUUAUGAAGGAGAGAGUUACAUUUUAGUUUUUAUAGAAAGUUGUAUUGACAAAAACGUAUUCAAAAGCGCUGUAUGUCACUUAAAUGCAGUAUGUUGAUGCAAAAGUUAAAGAUCAAUUGAACUCAGCGUAUAAUAUAAUAUUGUAAUUGUUUGACCAACGCGUAUUUUGCCUUUUUAAAGAAUUAGUCUUAUUACAAAACCUAGAUAGAAAUUUAAAAAUGAUUUGGUAAUAGUCAUCCAUGUCAAAUAGUCUAGAAAUAUAAAAUGGUAGUUAAUCUUAGAUCUAAAAAACCUUAACAAUUGCAUCUUUCUUUUAUUGAGCCACUUAUACAAUAUAAGAAUUCUAUAAUUAAUUUCGUUCAUUUUUUUUAAAUAUAUAUUUGUAGGAAGUUAGUUUCUGUAAGGUAGAACAGAUUAUUUUAGGAAUUGCUAUUAUUUUAAAAGUAGAUAGAAAGUAAGUCUCUGUAAUAUUGAAAAGAAAUCAUGAACCUUCAACAAAUUGGGAUUUAAUGCUUGAUGAGAAGUCCUAACCUUUUUUGUUAUGUCGAUAAUUUAAGUAAAUUUUCUAAGAUAAAUGUAACACUUAUAACUAUGCAUUUGCUGACUUUAUCAGUAAUUUUUCAAUACUAUAACAUUGAAAAAUAAUACGAGGUUGUUAUAUGGUAUACAGUGUAUAUUAACAUUACAUUAAAUUCCAUCGGGAUAUUAAUAAUCUAAGAAGUGAAGGCGAUUUUGUAUUUUUAUUUAUUAUAUUUUUACAAAAUGUAAAUCAACUUUUUUUAAAAAUCUGCCAAUAAAGGUAUUUCUAU